AUGGCUAUGAGAUUCUUGAGGGAGGAGGAACCAACAUUGGUGGAGAGGAUCGAGGCGCUCGAAAACAUAAGUAUGGAUCGAACCCUGCUUGACCCGAGGUUCGAUGAGAAACAUCGAGCUCGGAGGAUCGAGGAUGGAGAGGUGCUCCACUGUUUGAGACCCAUGACCCACGAGGCUGCUACAAGCAUGGUGUACGACGAGAAGUACACGCCCCUUUUGAAGAGGGCCAACCUUGCUGCAGUCGCUCGUGUGUGCCGUCGCGGUACUCCACCUUUCAACCCAGCGGCGUUGACAGCUUUGAUCGAUAGGUGGCGUCCUGAGACACACACCUUCCACCUUCCUUGUGGAGAGAUGACCGUCACUCUAGAGGACACAGCCAUGAUCCUUGGAGUGAGAAUCAGAGGUUUUCCAGUGACCGGAGACACUGAGUCCGAAGGGUGGGAGAACCGAGUGCAUAACUUCUUGGGACGUGCACUACCAGAGCUUGAGGCAGGCAAGAAGAGAAGGAGCAGCGGGGUACCACUUAGGUGGCUUCGAGAGCAGUGGCAUCAGUGUCCACCAGACGCUGAUGAAGCCACAGUGAACUACUACUGCAGAGCAUAUGUUCUUCACAUGUUCGGUACGGUUCUCUUCCCAGAUGGCACUGGAGACACGGCUUCCUGGAUGUACAUCCCGUUCUUGCAAAAUUGGGAUGACGCUGGGAAUAGAAGCUGGGGCUCAGCCAUCUUGGCUUUCUUGUACCGCCAGCUGUGUGAGGCUUGUCAGAGGGCUGGAGGUACACAUUCUACUAUGUCUGGGUGCAUGCCACUCCUGCAGAUUUGGAUGUGGGAGAGGCUUCCUGUUGGAAGACCACAUAGGAUGCAACAGCCACCUGCUUGGUUCCCGGAAGGGGACACAAUCGUUGCUCCUACGGUGGCUCACCUCUACGAGCGUUGA